CAUUGUGACGGGGCCUUAAAUUUUAAAUGUCACAAUCAGCUGAGUACGACAACAAAAAUAAAAACUAUUUCAGUCGUCAACACAAAAUUUUAAAUCAAAUUCUUCGAAAUGGCUAAAAACAUUGAUAAAGUACGAAUUCUUCUUGUUGGAGAUUCAGGUGUUGGAAAAACAUGCCUUACCCACUUAAUCGCCCACAAUGAGUCCCUAACUCAGCCAGGAUGGACGGUUGGCUGUUCAAUAGAAGUAAAACUGCACGAAUUCAAAGAAGGCACACCUCAGCAAAAUACAUUCUUCAUUGAACUCUUCGACAUAGGAGGCUCUUUAAAUCACAAAAACUCCAGAGGAGUAUUUUACAAUCCAACACAUGGAAUAAUUUUGGUUCAUGAUUUAACCAAUCGGAAAAGCCAUGAAAAUCUCAAGGAAUGGCUCUACGAAAUUCUUAAUAAAGAUGGCAAGGAUACUGCCAAGGGUAAUAACACCGCGUCUUUAGCAUCAGAUGCAGCAUUAUUCGAUCCAGAACAAUUCUUUGGUUCGACCCAAAUUCCCAUAUUGGUUGUUGGAACUAAACUUGAUUUAGUAGAUGAAAAGAGGCACCCAAAAAUGUUACCAAAAUCUGGUGGAAUUGCUGAGCAAUGUGGAGCCGAAGAGAUUUGGCUGAAUUGUAGAAAUACCCGUAGUUUGGCGGCUGGCACCACAGACUCGGUUAAAUUGGCUAGAUUUUUCGACAAAGUUAUUGAAAAGAAAUUAAGCUCCCGUGAGUCUGGUAUGUUUGGAGUAACAGAUAGGAGAAAACUUAUAUCUUCGUCAUCCUACACACCACUGGAAAGCAGCGCUCCCAUAUACAUUCCAACUUCCAAGAUCAUCGAUGCUAAUUGAUAAUGUUAAAGUUGUUUCCAAUAAAAAAAAUAUCAUAAUUAUACAAAAGUUUAAAAAUGUUUAUUGUUUUUGUUUAUAAUUAAGGAGUUGGUCAUCUUAAAACUCCCCAAUUUCAAAUUGAA